ACAACUUGCAAAGGACAUGGAGAAACGAGAGCCUAAUAUCGGAAGUGCGGCAGAAUUGGCGCCUCUUAAUCCGACUGCCUCUUCGCAUUCCAUGGCGGCGGCCCGAUCCCGCCGAAAGCUAUCCACUAGUUCCCGGAGCUUCAGAGUCCGUAAGAGGUCCAGCUUCAUAUCGACGACAACCACCUUAGCUGCCCAUCCAACAAGAACGCACGAGCUCUUCAAAGAGCCUCUCCCAGUGUCCGUCCUCCAGUCAACGUCGGCCGACUUGAGCUGGUAUCACCCUUGGCUCCAUGGCCAAGUUACGAAUAUGUCACAUGCAGUCCGACAACUACGGGUAGGCGAAGAAACGCUUCUCGAGAACAACGCGUUCGAACGAGUGUUCACUGCGACGGGCACAUUCGUCCGCGAUACCGAAAUGGUCACUAUCGACGACGUCGUCGAACACCUUCGGAAAACGCAAAAGAUGGAGAAUACUCGUCAAACCUUCAAAGCUCAAAGGCUGCUCGUAUUCGCAAUACUAGGAUGGCAGUCCAUGCUCUACCGACCAGCCUUCAAUACCUGCUCCGGGGACGAGCUUGCAGUUCACGAGGAUGACGACGAAUCGAACUCCGGCCUAGUAUUCGACACUAACAAGGUAUCAGCCGAUCUCGCAGAUCGACCCUUGUUCGUCAUCUUGAAGGGUUUCGGAAACUUACUCCCUUCUCCUCCUUCGAACAUUACGCAAGCUGCAAGCGAGAACAGUAGAGCAGCAGCGACCUGGUUGCCUCUGAAUCCUGCUGAGAUGAAUGCACAUCUCCUUCUCACUCUGCUCCACGUUAGGAUUCGAUGGGUUGAUUGCCUGGCAUUACACCUGGACUACAAUAAGUCAAGCAGGACUCUUUCGUUGUUCAGCUGUCCUUCGUUCUACGUCGCCAUGCUUCAAUCCAAAGGCACUAUAUUUUCAUUUGCUAGCACAGAGAAGAAGUCUUUCGACCCCCGUGCGAGCGAGGAAGACAUCUCGCAGUUCAUGCGGGAGCUACUUCUUAUGCUUUGUAUGACCGCUCAUAUUCGCCAAAAGCCGGAGCCUCUGCCAUUGCUCCCUGAUCAGCCUGUGUAUUUUGCGGCCCAGCAUUUCCCAGUCCUAUCCGAGAGGAUCGAGCUUAUUGCGCAGGAACUCAAGAACUCCCGACCUACCUCAAUAAGCGAACUGCUCCGCGAUCGGCGAGAUACAUUGCAGUAUUGGACUUUUUGGCUUGUUUCUAUCAUCGGGGUACUAAGCGUUAUCCUCAGUCUAGUGCAAGUCAUAUUGCAAGUUCUUCAGUUAUCACGGGGAUGA